ACCGACACCUGUGGUGAUUCUAGCUUGAGUGAAAGCCAUGCAUCUCCUCCAGCCAAACGUUCUUGCAAACAUGUCGAGCCUGUCCGCAAGGAGAGCCCAAAAACCCAUGCCAGCAAGCAGCGGGAGGGAUGGAGUAUGUCAACCAGAAGAUCCAGGUUAUUAUCUCAGUCUGGUGCUACUUUACAGAAUAGCCACAGUAGUUUAGCUCUUAAAAGCCACCCCCGCCGUGUUGAGAAAGAUGGAAAUGGGGACCGCCCUUGCAUCAAUGGGGACCGAGCAGUCAGGAGGAGCUGCAGGUCCAAAAGUACCAGAUUUGAAACGUUAAACCAGAGCCUGCUGUUUGAUCAGCUUGUAAACAGCACUGCAGAGGCUGUCCUCCAAGAAAUGGACAACAUCAACAUCCGGAGGAGCAGUAAAUCCAGAGAGGUGGAGCGGCUGCGUAUGUGGACAGACACGGAAUUUGAGAACAUGGACAUGUAUUCCCGUGUUAAGAGGAGGAGGAAAAGUCUGCGUAGAAGC